AUGUUCAAGUUAAUUUCUUUUCGUACCUUCAGUACUGCUUCUAAACUUGCCGACGUAAAACUAUCGAAAGCAGACGUUAUAAAGCGGCUAAACUAUGAAAACAAAGCUCUUUUUGGUGCGGUGGUAAAACCCAAGAAGAAGAAAUCGACUCCUUCAAAAGCAACUGUUCAAGAGCCGACGGAUGAGUCGGAGUUUUCUUCCGAAAUGUUCUGGCUUAGUAAAAAUGUGUCCCGAUUGCAAGGACAGAAAGCUAGUGAUGCCGUAGCAACAGUCGAAUCCAUCGUCCCAUCUUGUGGAUUACUUACACCAUUUACCCCCAACGAAUUAAACGCAAUCACAAAGUUUCCCAUUGUGCCUACCAAAAAGGGUAUAAUUGAAAAAGGAUGGUCAAUGCAUGAAAAGAAUGAAUCAAAUGAGUACAAAUCUCCUUCGGUCAAUCGUGUUCUAUCCGCCACAAUGCCCGAAGCAUCCCGUCAGGCGUUACUACGCUGGAAAAUGGGGAAAAUCGCCGAACUUGGCGAGGAAGGAUUCCAAAUGCUGCAGAAAGAUAUAUUUGAACGUGGAAGUCACUUACACUCGACACUAGAAACGUGGUUGUCGGGAAAUGAUCCAUCGGAUGAAAUGAUAGGAAAAUCUGGUACGCUCUGGAAAAGCAUUUACGGAGCACUGAGUGAAGUCGAAAGACCAGCGAAAAUUGUUGAACGAAAACUGUACCAUCCCUACCUUCACUACAAUGGUGUAGUCGAUUGCAUAACGGCGAUAAGAGGCCAACCACAUAUCAUUGAAUGGAAAACGUCGGACAAUCCAAAGGCAACCGUUGCGGCGACGUACGACGCACCAAUUCAACUGUGUGCCUAUCUGGGUGCUUUACAAGCAAGCAAUAAAUGGUCUGAAGGAAAAUUGCAAAACGGAGCAAUAUUCGUUGCCUACACCGAUGGAAAACCUGCCCACGUUCAUCUGUUGAGCGCCUCCGAAAUGCGUCGAUAUUGGCAGCUGUGGCUUCAGCGUCUGCAGGAGUAUUGGAUUCGUUAUAGAGACGGCACACUACCGGAAUCGAUUUAAGCAUAAUCGUUAGUAAAAGGACAUAUUUCCUCAAAC